AAAUGGUUAACCUAUAAAAUAUAGCUUUGUUUGUUUUUAUUAUUUUCUUGUAAAAUUCAAUGAUAGAAUGGUUUUUGAAAUAGAUUGUCAAGUUGAUACAAAUAUAACGUACGAUUAUGAUUCAAUAGAUUCAAUUCCGUCGGUUGAUGCUUCUGAUUUAACAUACGCAUCGUUUUUCAGUAAUUAUAUGUUACCAAAUAUUCCUUGUAUUAUCAAAGGUAUUACUGAUAACUGGCAAUGUUCUAGUUUGUGGAUAAAAGACGAAGCCGUUAACUUCGAUUACUUAUCAGAACAAUAUGGAUCAGAUCUUGUUCAUGUUUAUAAAUGUAGAGAACGAUUUUACAACACACAAAAAUGUUAUACGGGUAGUUUUAAAGAUUAUUUGAAUACUUUCCAAGAAAAUACUAGUCGAGCAUCCAUAUUAACAAUAAAUGAGUAUGUAAAAAACUGGCACCUUUCACUUCAACAUCCUGAAGAUAAAUUUUAUGAAGUACCACUGUAUUUUGCAUCUGACUGGUUAAAUGAAUUUUGUGUUAAUAAUUUGGAAGAUGAUUAUAGAUUUGUUUAUAUGGGCCCAUCAGGAACGUGGACACCGUUUCACCAUGAUGUAUUCUCAUCGUAUAGUUGGUCUGCAAAUAUAAUUGGGACAAAAAAAUGGAUAAUGGUUCCACCUGGAUCUGAAGAGAACGCUAAAGACAGCCUUGGAAAUCUAAUGUAUGAUAUUCAGUCAAUUGCAAGCAGUGAAGACGCUUCUCAGAAUUUAAAAGUUAUUGAAGUAUUCCAGAAUGCAGGAGAAGCAAUAUUUGUACCAUCUGGAUGGCAUCACCAAGUUCAUAAUUUUGGUUACACUAUAUCAGUAAAUCACAAUUGGGUGAAUGGUUGCAAUGUACAUUUUAUGUAUGAUUUGUUACUAAAAACAUUGGAAGAUGUUAAAGUUGAAAUAAGCGAUUGCAAUGACAUGGAAGGCUUUGAGGAUCACUGCCAGUUGAUGUUGAAUAGCUUAUUUGGAAUGGACUUUAAAACGUUUUAUCAGUUUUUGAUGUAUAUUGCUCUCAAACGGAUAGAAAUGCAAAAUAAUGCGUGUUCAAAACAACUUUUCCAUGGCCAUGAAAUCGGUUCUAAUCAUAUUUUAUUUGAUUUGAAAGCAGUAAAGGGAGUUUUGGAAAAAUUUGUUAAAUGUGAUGAAAUAACGGAAAUUAGUGCCUUCGAAACUAUCAAUGUGACUCCAAAAGAUUUAUUGGAUGAUGUUGUACAUAAUUUAGAAAUAAAUGGUUUUACCGAAUACAAAUUCUAUUUUUAUUUUUUCCCUAUAAAAUUCCCAAGUUUUAUCUACAAAUCAUCUAUAAUUGUUGGAGAUGCUUUAGUUGGAGAGGAAAAAGUACUUUGA